ACAGAUAGCGUUAAUAUAACAUAGUGGUCCGGUGUAAAUUCUGACAUCUGUGUUGGAUCCAAGAGAAACUGAUAAAACGAAACGAUACAAAUGGUAACUUGUUAUUGUUCUAAGACUGUGACGCGUGUCAGACAGUUGACGCUGACAGAACUGUUGCCUAGUAAAAUUAUUUAUUUCAGCUGUCAACGAGCUCUUGGACGUGAUGAUACGGAAUUGUGGGAAAUCGUAAAUAAAUGUUUCAGAGUUGCAAAUUUGUCAUCUGUUUCUUUGCAUUUUUGAAAGUUUUGUGACAAACAGGCGUCUUGACAGUUGUGAUUAUGUUCAACAAAUUUAGAAAUGUACUGUAUAACGUUGUUGGCGGAAUAGAUCCGCUGCCAGAUUUAAAAGCUGUUGAAAGUUCGGCCGAAGAUUCGUCGACAUUAAAACCGAAAUUUCCGUACACAAGACCACACUUCUUACAAUUUCAUUCCGAUGAAGAAAUUCAAUGGUCUGCAUGUCACAAUAUUCGUCCCAUUAUUGUGCCCCGGGACAUCACCAAAAUACCAUGGAACAGUGGUUACGCAGAGGCAGUCAAUGCAGGAAAAUCAAGAUGGAACGAGGACCAAGCUUGCAUACAGAAAGGAUUUCUUCAACGUCCUGAAGGUCGAGGACGAUGCACAACUCCUACUGUUACUCAAGACAUAGGAUCGUUAAUUCCUGAUCAUUUGAAUGCUGCAACUUGCUUACCAUAUGUGUAUUUUGCGAUGUUUGAUGGCCAUGCUGGUGUAGGUGCAGCUGUUGCAGCUGCUAAUCAGUUACAUCAUAUACUUCAGGAAAAGCUAAUUGAUGUUAUUGACCAUCUUCUCCCUCCUUUGGAUGAAGUUCCUGAACAUUUAAUGGAAAAGUCUACACGCCGAGGAGCAUGUAUGUGGUUUCCAGGGAAAGAUGUAACCCAAGAAUCACUUAUAAUUGGAGCAUUAGAAUCAUCGUUCUGGGAUAUGGAUCAGUUAAUUGCAGAAGAUAGGCAGAAAUAUGAUAUGAAAGGAGGUUGUACUGCUUUAGUUGCACUUUUCAUUUUGGGAAAAGUGUAUGUGGCAAAUGCUGGAGAUUCACGUGCUGUCCUGUGUAGGAAUGAUGUGGCAAUUCCCUUGUCAAAUGAUUUCACUCCGGAAACAGAACGUCAGCGGAUUCGACGCUUGGCAGCAUUGCAACCUGAAUUAUUAGGAGCCGAUUUUACCCAUCUAGAUUAUUGUCGAAGACCCAGCGAGAAAGACUUGGGCAAGAGAAUUCUUUAUCGUGAUGUUUUCAUGACUGGGUGGGCAUACAAGACAGUCACAAAGGCGGAUUUGAAAUGUCCUGUAGUUACAGGUGAAGGUAAAAGGAGUCGUGUCCUAGCUACAAUUGGAGUAACACGUGGUUUUGGUGAUCAUGAUUUAAGAGCAUUGUAUUGCAAUAAUCCAAUAAAACCGUUCUUACUCUCUCAGCCUGAGGUUCAAGUCUUGGAUCUACUAUCUAUAACAGAAAGCGAUGUAUUGGUAAUGGGCACGGAUGGACUAUGGGAUGUAACAAGUAAUGAUAAGGCUGCGGAAAUUGUCCAAAAGAGUCUUGGCCAGUUUCUUUUGACUGAAGAUACAAGGUUAAAGUACAGAUAUACAUCAGCAGCACAAGAUUUAGUAAUGCAUUCCCGUGGUAAAUUACAAGAUAGAAACUGGCGAACAGCUGAUGGAAAAGCUGCUACAAUUGAUGAUAUAUCUGUUUUUAUUAUACCUUUGACUCCCUAUAGAGAAGAGUACCUUCUCUGGAAAAAUUAUUAUGAUGCUAUCCAUGGCUUGUAUGAUAACACAGUAGAGAAUACCAAUCUUGGUCAAUUAGCUUUGAAAACAUCACCUACAACAGAGAAGGUUUCCGAUUCUAAAAUUAAUUCCGCUCUUGAAAAUGAUGAGACUACUACUAUUCAUAACCAUUGCUCUAGCUCAGAAGGUGAACUGCCUACAGAAGAAUCCAAAAGUGGUGAAAAAGACAUAGUGAAAGAACUCUCCAAACUAGAAAUAACUACUACUCAGAAUGCAGUAAUUGAAGAAGCAUCUUCAAAUUUUACAGCGUCUGAGACAAUACUAUCAGGUGUGUCCUCUACAGAAACAGGAUUGUUAUCUCAUCUUAGUCCUUCAUCUUUACAUGUUGGUGCAUCUGGUGAUGAUUCAUCAAGGGAAAGCAGGCCGCUUAGUGACUCUUCUAAUGACAGGUCUGUGUUAGGCGCAGAUAACUUGGGCUGUGGCAUUGGAGAUGAGAAAGAAUCUAGUUGAGAGAUCUGAAUGUUGGCUGGUUUAAAGACUAUGGUGGGGUAUGUGGUUUUGUAUACAGAUUUUGUGCUAAAUUUUUCCAGGAAUUCUGAACAAGUGAAUUAAGUGGUACUUCAAAAUUUCCUGUUUACUGAUUGGUAAUUAGGUUAGCUUUAUUCUGUUUUCCUCCAGACGUAUUUAGGAGUCAGUUUGUGAAUUCUUGCAAUUUUUAUUUAAAUUGUGACAAUCCACUUCCCACUUGCAUUAUUUCCUUAUUUAUAAUAAAUUAUUUUUGUAUAUAUGUAAAUGGUUAUUUCCAAAGGGGCUGAUCUGAAAAUAGAAUAAUUGUACAAUAGGUGCAAUAGAAAAACGUUUUUGUAAUUUCAGUGUUAUUAUAUUUUUAAAUGUAAGUAUUGCAUUUAUUUAGAAUUCCUCAUAAAUUUCUGUAUUUGGAGAAUUUGGUAAUUGAAAUUAUUCCAUCUUUAAUUGAAAAUAAGCUCAGUUGUAAAUUUCCAAGUUAAGAGUCUGUGUAAAUUGACUGAUUAAUUGUAUAAUACCAAAUGUGACUGCAUUAUAUUUUGUUCCAAAGCUUUUAUUGUGUAUGGAUACUUAAGUAUCAAAUUUGACUAUGUUAUUGUAAUGCAUUUAUUAAUUCAGGUACAGCUACAACACUACAAAUAAGUAAUAUAUAAUUACGAUUUCUCAUCAGCAACUUAGUUUGUUGGUAGAGAGAGAAGUUCUUUCAGAAGAGUAAUUUCAGUAUUACAUAAGCAUGUUAUUGUAAGAUUUGGUUAAUGUUAUACUUUCAUAAUGUUCAGAUGAUUUACAAUAAAUGAUUUCUUAUGAGAUCAUGGUAUGUCCUUCAAGUCUUCCCGUUAUCAAGUGUUGCAAAUGCGCAGCAUUUUGGAAUAUCUGUGAUAAGACAAUUAUUAAUACUAGAAGGAUAUUCUCUUUAAGAGCUCAGAGCUCUUGAAAAUACAAGAGUUAAACACUCAAGAAGAGAGCAUUUAUUUAUUAUUCUUUAUAUGUUUUGUUUCAGUGUAUGUAUAUGUAUAUACUAAAUGCAUAUAUGUGCAAGGAAAUGUUUAUUAAAAUAUUAAUUCUUUCAUUUCUUUCCAGAAAUUUCCAUAUAGAAAUGUAUUAUUAAUAUUUUUUUUAAGUACACAUAUUCCAUUAUUUUAUCUUGCAUUUGUAUUUAGUAAAUGUUUUUUAUAAUCAAAUUAUUGGGAAUUGAAUAGUAUGAGUUUCAGGUGUACAUUUGUAUCUAAAAAAUACCUUGAAGACUUUGUUCGAAUACUCAAUUUCAUGAAACAAUUUUAUAACUUACACAGCUUGCAUCUCAUUAUUGUGACAUUAUUAUCAAGAGGCAGUGUUAAUUUUAUGUUAUGGAUAUUUCAUCAUAUGCAUCAAUUUCUGUGCAUUCCUCAAAGGAUGGCUUUAAUUCAUUAUAUGUGCAAUGAAGAGAAGAAAGAUAUAGUUUGGACAUGGUUUGUUCUAUACCACUUCUUUUUUACCAAAAUUAAGACUUAUCUCAUCUUGGAAUGAGAAAUUUACUUAUCAAGAUCCAUUUAUUUACCUUGUAUGCACGUGCUCAAAUAAGUAAUUAACUUAUCAUGUAGGAGAAAAUCAUUCCUCAUGAAUGUGGUGCUCUAGCUUGUAAUACUGGCUGCAGAUAUUUUAUAUCCACCAAAAGCAUGAUCCAAUCUAGAAGAAAUGUAGGUGUUUUGUAGUGCUUCAAAACAAAUUGAAAAUGUGGGAUUGCGGUUUGUAAUUUUAGUAACUGAAUGAUUAGUAUGCAAAUCUAUUUUCUGUUCAUGACAUUCUUAUCUUUCCAUUUAUUUUAAGUAGUAUUGUGAAAUGUUAGUAUAUAGAGGUUAACUCUGUGUUUUUAUUUUGCACUUGGUUUAACCAUUAAAAGACCUACUGCGCAAGUAAUGUACAUAUCACAGAACACCACCAUCUUGGAGUAGAGUAUAGUUAUAGGGUGCUAGAUCUUCAUAGGAAAUAAAUAAGUAUGUCUCUCUUCACAUACUGUAUGCUAAUUUGGAGAUGCACUUUUUCCAGCACCAGGAUAUUGGAACUAGUCUUGGAACACGUUUCAUCUAAGAACUUUUUCUAGAAUAGAAAAUGAAGUACUAGAUGCAUUACUGUUAUGCCAAAAAUUUUGAAAAUAGUGGAUUAUUUUCUGUUUUUUUAAAUUACUUUUUCUUGUAUUCUUUUAAUUUCAAUAAAAGGCAUUAAGAAUUUUGUGCUAAAA